AUGGUUAUUCUUGUUGUCUGGAUUUCGUUUCUGACGUUGAAGGUUCGUGGUGGCUGGCUAAGGAUACGAGUGCCUACGGCCGUUAAUUCAGUACGAGCACAACACACUCUUCUAUGGCAUCAUCAUCGUAUCUUGAAUCCAUUACCGCAAGUCAGUCAGCAUCGUAAUCUCAAGACCAUGUUCGCAAUUUGCUGUGCCAUUGCCCCUACCGCCGAGCUCAAAAACCGUAUUCUCAAGCUUUGCGAUGACUAUGGCGGCAACACUGGCACUAUGCUAGUCUUUGUAGACGAUUUAUCACGCGUGUACGACGAAGACGAUGGCUUAGGCUACAACAAAGACUCUACCUCUGCACCUUUUGCAGAAAAAACCCCCUGCGAGUGUUGGACGAUGCUCCAAAAAAUUCUCGCAGAGAACGAGGGGAGUUGUUUCGUCGAUAGCAUAUUUGCUAUCUUGGAUCAGAGGUCAUUGGAAGACGGCACACUUUUGCUAGUAGAGGAACCAGAGGAAGAAGAAGGCUCAGAGGCAUAUUCAGUACGUGCGGUGUUUGAGAUGUGUGAGACGCAAAUGGCGUUAUGGAUUGGUGGCAAGAAUACUGUUUAUGAAGCUAAUGAAAGGGUCAAAGGCACGAAAGAUGGUGUUUUGAGGCCUGGUAUGGAUAUUGGUGAUAGCUAG